UGAUUUAUAUCCCUCCGCAGGGAUUAAACUCAUGCAGACGAGCAGGGACACCAGACGGAGGACACGGAACCCGCUCACCUGUAACGCCCCACAGCUCAGUUGUUUAGCUUCGUUUAGAAAGAUGGAACGUGGAUUCAUCGUGUUGGUCGCAGCGCUGGUGCUUCAUGCGUCACCGGCCGUCCAAGGAACGGCUCAUUUGUCGUUUGCCAACGGCACACAGGUAAACAUCACCCGGGCCGGUUGUGGAACUGCCAAAUUGUGCGUGGAGACGCCAAACAGCUGCGACCCCGCGGGAAAUGGCUCCUGCCUGUUUGUGUCCGUGGUGGCCAGCAACGCCGUGGCCCCCAGCGGCGCCAACCUGUCCAUCCAGCUGCAGGGCGAGUCCGAGGGUUACGUCGCACUGGGCCUGUCUGUGAAUAGCGGAGAGGCUACCACCUUGCUGUUCGUCUGUGCUGCAAACGGGACGUCAGGGUUCUUCUUCAGUACUGUGACCAGAAACAUCUCCAACGCUGCUGUGCUCAUGCCGAAUGAGAGGAUUGUGUCAAACAUCCGCGGCAGAGUGAACGGAAGCCGCAUCGCGUGCGAGUUCGACAUCCCGAACGUGAACGCCACCACCAUCGGCGCCAGCACCGUCAGCACCAGAAGCGCCGCGGCCACCUCCUUCAACCUGCUGCUGGGCAUCGGGCCGGUGACCGGGGGGGGUGUUCUGGGCACCUUCAACCUAACACGGGAAAGCGGUGUCCUGAACCUCGCCGACCCGGCCGCGAACCUGGCCCCCGCCGCGACCCCGACCCCCGCUGCGACCCCUGUCCAAGGAACGGCUCAUUUGUCGUUUGCCAACGGCACACAGGUAAACAUCACCCGGGCCGGUUGUGGAACUGCCAAACUGUGCGUGGAGACGCCAAAAAGCUGCGACCCCGCGGGAAAUGGCUCCUGCCUGUUUGUGUCCGUGGUGGCCAGCAACGCCGUGGCCCCCAGCGGCGCCAACCUGUCCAUCCAGCUGCAGGGCGAGUCCGAGGGUUACGUCGCACUGGGCCUGUCUGUGAAUAGCGGAGAGGCUACCACCUUGCUGUUCGUCUGUGCUCUAAACGGGACGUCAGGGUUCUUCUUCAGAACUGUGACCAGAAACAACUCCAACGCUGCUGCGCUCAUGCCGAAUGAGAGGAUUGUGUCAAACAUCCGCGGCAGAGUGAACGGAAGCCGCAUCGCGUGCGAGUUCGACAUCCCGAACGUGAACGCCACCACCAUCGGCGCCAGCACCGUCAGCACCAGAAGCGCCGCGGCCACCUCCUUCAACCUGCUGCUGGGCACCGGGCCGGUGACCGGGGGGGGUAAUCUGGGCACCUUCAACCAAACACUGAGAAGCGAUGUCCUGAACCUCGCCGACCCGGCCGCCGCGACCCCGACCCCCGCCGCGACCCCGACCCCCACCGCGACCCCGACCCCGACCCCCACCGCGACCCCGACCCCCGCCAGCACCACCAGGCCCAACACCACCAGGCCCAACGCAGCGGUCCAGCCGCACGCUGCGCUCCAGAUGCUGAUCGUCCUCUCUGCGUCGGCCGUGCUGAGCGGGAGAAGUUAAAUGAAGACCAAGUGCUAAUGUAUAAAAUGUUUUUACUGUACGAAGACUGGUGUCUGUUUAUACUUUAUGCUGAAACUCACUGUGAUCAUUUUCUGACUUUCCUCCUAAACAGUCUGGCACCUAAAAUCUGUUUCUGCAAAUUGAAGUACUUUGGUUUGUUUCUGACUGUUAAACCUCCAGGUGUUUUAUUAUAUGUGAAAUGUACUUGGAUAAAUGAAUAAAGUUGUAACCGUUUGUUGGCAUCACUUUUAUUUAAU